AUGACAAAUAUGAACGAAGCAUAUAGUCCAAUUUCUGAUGAUGAUGAAUUAUUCGACAUAAUGUCAUCAAGCAUGAACUACGACAUUAACGACGAAGAAAUGAAGCAAUUCUUUGAGUCGAAUCCGUCCAUUUUAUCAUUCAAUGACGUAGAAGAAACGUUAAAGUCAACGACUGAGUGUGACUUUCUUAAGUAUCACUCCGAUGCGAUUUCCAGUAUUCUUCAAACUCCGGAUUAUCUAUCUGUGGAACAUAUCAAAGAACAAUUUGGCAAUAUGCUUCAGCAAAAAGUGUACCAAAUUAUUAACACAAUGCAGACAGAAACCAUACAAAUCUUUGCUGCUUUAUUGCAUCAGCUGGAGACGCUCGAUUUGGAGAUAAAGCUUUGGAAUCAUUAUAUACAACUAGGUACAGCCGAUGUAGAACAACAUGCGUCGAAUUCCAUCACACUAUGGCCUGCAGACAUCAAAACUAUGAUUCUUGCUGCUCGAUCUUCAUCAGCAGCGUUCAAUGAUCCAAAUGCGCUUGUAAUUAAUGAUGAUGAUUACUUCAAGUUCGUUCAAUGUCGUUUACAACAUUUGUAUGAAAAACAAGACAACAUAAAACAAGAAUUGAUGGCCCAGAAAUGUAGUUUUCCUGGCUUUACAACUGCAAUGGAGCAUAUCUUGAAAGCUUUCGUUGAAGAAAAUACCGCAUAUCUGCGCUUAAAAUACGAUUAUCAAAACAAAUUUAUCGAUUUUGACUACCAUGAUCAACUGUUCGAUUAUAAAUUUAAGCAACAAAAUCCAAAUGUACUUCAAAUCGAACUGAGCAAUAGUGUCUUUGCUAAAAAAUAUCAGUACGAAAUGGUCAAACAAGAGUUUUUAUGGAUACAGAAACAAAUCAAUAACAAUAAAUUACUAACUGAAUUAAACAAUAUUCAACUCUCCCUAGCUUCGACAUUUCAAUCAUUAGCAGAUAUUAAUUUGCGACAAACGUUGAUAGACCGUCAUCGUGAAGUUAUACAGAAAUAUCAGCAAGACAUGACCACCAUCAUUUAUGAUACAAUGGAAGCUAAAUUAAAUGAGUUACAUAAUAUAUUUGAAGGCGCAACUGCAACGAUGUGGCUAAUCCAACAAUCAUUUCCUAUGCACCUACGAAUGAACCAAACAAUGAUUGAUUUAAUCGAGCAUCACCUACCUAUUCUUACUCAAAAGGCCAAAUAUAUUUACGAAUAUAAAAAUGCUUUAGAAGCUUUAUACAAUGCUAAACCAUCCUAUGUGCCGUCGUCAUUUGGCGUAAACCGUAAUCAAUCGAUUGUUUCAACAAUGGUACAAUUAUAUGAUCGACCUCGAGUUAUUGACAAUGUCAAACGAUUUGAUUCGCAAGAAUCGUUCCGUUGUCAAAUCCAUCAAGUUCUUCAAGAAUGGAAUCGAUUACAAAAACAGAAGAAAGAAUAUCAACUGCAAAGACAAAAUACAGCAAAGAAAUCCAUCGGCUUUUGGGGUGGCACAAACCAUGAAUAUGAAGAAUUCGAUCGAAUUAUGGAGGAAGAUCUUGAAAAUCAGUUAAAAGAAUUAGAAUGUCAAGAGGAGGAGCAAAUGAGAAAAACAGAACAAAUCCUCGAGAAAGAGCUGGCGAAAACUGCAAAUAAUAAUCAAGAUAUUGAAAGCCUUGAACGAUAUUGUAUGGAACUCUUGGACGAAUACGAUACGAAGCAAAGGCAAGAAAACUGCGCAAAGGUGGUCGCAAUCGAGCAGGGCAACAUUUCACAAUCAUCAAAUCAUAUCACACGCUAUUCCAAUAUUUACUACUUUGCUUUGCACAACUGCAAUUCAAUUGACACCAAACUUAGUUUACCAACAACGAUGCACAAAACCAGAUCUUGUACUAAUGAAAACGGAGGCGGUAAUUUUGACAUGGAAAUUGUAUUCGAUGACGAUAGAACUUCUUCCCUUCAUAACACCGCCAACAACGACGGCGAUCACGAUGAUGAUAUUCAGAUUAUUGAACCAUCUGAUUCUAUUUCGACGAGCAACAAAACCAAAAGCACUUCACCAAUCCGUAAUCGACGUUCAAGCAAAACUGAACAACAGACAAAUCCCGAAGAUUUUAGAUCUGUACCGUCACAAACUGUUACUUUCGCCAAAACACUAGAUAUUGCCAGUAUUAUCCGGAUUAAUUUCAAUGAAACGCCCUAUUAUUUAUCGAAGAAAAAUCCAUCUUUCGAGCAAAUCAUUUAUCACGUAUUGCCAAGAACAACACAUGUAGAAAAUUUUCGAUCGAUUGCCGUGCUGUUCUUUAAAUCAUUAGCUCUUGAAUUAGUUCGAUCACUGUGGAUUGUUUAUCGGCAAUCAGGCUUAGGUGAACUCGAAACUGCAUUGGACACAAAGGGCAUUGACGCGAAAAUCUGGCCAAAGGAAAUACUUAAUCUUAUUCAGGAUUAUGAACCAAAUAUAAAAAACAAAGAUCUCAACCAUAUUUGUUUAGCAUUUGUCAAUGAAUGUCUCCAGCAAAUGACCACGAAAGAUCAAGAGUACCAGCACGAGUUACGUAUCUGGACAACAUCUCUAACCGAUUACACCUCUACUCUUGAUCAGAUGAUUAAAAAGUUCGUUGACGAUGGACUCCGAGGCCUACGCCUGGAGGUUUCCUGUCAUAUCGCCAUGACUCACUGUUACUACCAGGAUGAAAUCUUAAAGCAACAAUUCUUAGUCCAUAAUCCAACGGAUGAACAAAUAGCUAUGGUUAAUCGUCUUUGUAAACUGAACUAUAAGUUUGAAACGGCCAAACACGAAUGGAAUUUAUUGAACGAAAAGAUAUUAAUCCAUCUAAUCGAUCGUCCAUUUGAUGGUCAAGCUAUUUUACAGUCAACAUUGAUUAACGCUAUGCGUGAACCAAACCUUCGACUACAGCUUCACAUGCAGUAUCAUAAUAUAUAUGAGCAUGUCAAAAAUAAUAAAUUAAAUGUGUAUAUGAACAAAGUCAAAGACGAAAUACCGACACAGGGGAAUAUAUUCAAUGAACAGAUGGAUAAAUUAUGGGAAAAUAAUAAAUCCAAUUCUUGUGAUCAACGACUAUCGUAUAUUCUGUCAAAUAUUAUCGACCGACGUUUAGCAAAUAUUACUGCACGUGUUGGGUGUAUCUAUCAUUAUAAGAGAAAACUAUCAACCAAUAAUUCAAGGGCAGCGACAAAUAUGCAAUCGAACGAACUAGAUGCAACAGCCGCAACACAAUUCGCAAAUGGUAUUCGUGUCUUCCUCGUCUCUACUCAAUUCUCCAUGCCUUCCGAAUUCUAUUCUGUGCAUCAACCUUCUGGACACUGGUCAAUUAUAACGGACGCCGAAUCACCAAUAUCAUUUCAAUAUCAAACGAAAAAUUCCGAAACUACCGAACGAAGGCGUUACGCUACUGCGGCAGCAAUAUUCACUUGCAUAGCACAAUAUGUGCAGAUGUUUUCUCGUCGAAUCAUCGCUGGUUCUGAUCGCAAAAAUGUCUCAAACAGAGCUAGCAAGAUCGAACGUCGCAUAACACGAUUCAUUACAAAUCAUACAUAA